ACAAGACUGCUCAGCGGGUCUAGAGGUGGAUGGCAGACGAGGGGAUUCGGGAUACGAGAUCGACCACGGGUGGGCAGCGGCCACGGGCAGAUGAGGCAGAGAGGGACGAGAUGCAGGACUUCCUCGAUGCACAGGAGGGGGGCGAGGGCGGGGUCGGCGAGGCGGGGAUGCGAGACGAGGCAGCUGGACGCUGCGAGCCCGAUCUGCCUGAGGAGGAGGUAGUGAUGACAUCGAGAGCGGAUGGCCCGGCGGGACGCGGUGCGAGGGCGUCACGACCUGAGUUGGAGCGCGCUAGGAGGGAGAAGAGGAAAGUGGGGGAGGAGGACGUUGACGUGCGGGACAUGGCGAGGGCACAUCAGACGACGAUCGACGAGCUGUACGCGAAGGAGAAGUUGAGCGAGUUCACUGACGUGUGGCUGCAGUGGAUCUAUGCGAACGGGUUGCCGUUCAACGCCUUCAGAGGGUCGGAGUUCCAGAGGGUGCUUCAAGCGGCGGAGAGAGUCCCCCGCAACGUUCACUUCCAGUUUCCCUCCUACAGGGUUACAGCGGGCGCAGGGAUGCCUUCGCAGAGGGGGAAGGUGGCGACGAUGGUGAGCGAGGUGCGGGCCGCUUUUCGGCACACCGGUGCCAUCAUCCUCUCCGACGGAAGGAAGUCGCGUAGCGGCAAGCCGCUCAUGAACUUCCUGGCCGGGGGCGCCAACGGCGCCCUGCUAUAUGCGACCGUCGCAGGUGACGGGUCAGUCGCUGACACGGCGGAUGUAAUGUAUCGCAGGUGGUGGGCCAUCAUCUUGUCCUUUCCUGCAAAGGACGCGAUCGGCUUCUGCACAGACUCCGCCAGUAACUAUACGGCGGCCCGCAGAUUCGCCACCGACCCCGACGCAGACAUCAGGAGGAUCGCUUGGCUUCCCUGCUCCACCCACGUCUGCAACUUGAUGUUGUCAGACGUCGGGACGCGAGUGGGGUGGGUCAAGGAGACCAUCAUCCGUGCCCGAGCGUUAGUGCGAUUUAUUAAAUCACACGGCGCUGCGUUCGCCCUUUUCAGGAGGAUGAGCCCUCGUGUCACGCUGGUUGAGCCCGUUGAGACCCGGUUUGCAUCAGUUUUCCUGAUGCUGACGUGUCUCAAAGGCCGGCGGGACGCGUUAGAGAGCAUGCUGCACGGCGACGCGUGGGCUCGCGUCCCGUGGGAGCGUAGGCUUGUCUCCCAGGCACAGUGGGUUCAACAGCAGAUCCGUGACGGCGAGUUCUGGCGAUGCGUUGACUGUGCCAUCCGCGUUAUGUCGCCCAUCCACCAGCUCUUGAGGAGGAUGGAUAGAGGGGGGAUGAUGAUGUUCAUCGUUUACGAGUGGAGUCGGCAUCUUCUGGAGUUGACGAGGAGGGUGGAUAUGCCGGCGGACAUGGUCGAGCCGUGUGUGCGCGAGGUUGCCGUCCGCAACCUCCACAUGGUCGAGCCCGCACAUGCUGCGGCACACCUCCUCAACCCUCGCCGCCGGUCCCUCCGAUAUUAUGAGUCAUUGCAGACGACCACCGACAACGCCCGUGUGGUCGAGGAGUGCGACAGAUUUCUGCUCGCACAGACUGGCGGUGAUCCGGUCGGCAGACUGUACAGGAUAAGGAACUGGGCGCAGCACGAGCGCAUCAACACGGCGAGGCGCCACAAGCUUGGCUUUGCCAAGCUUGCACAGCUGGUUGAGAUUGCCACCAAUCUCAAACUGGCCGGGUGCGCACAGCAGGGUAGUGGCUACGUGUUGCCCUGGGUUAUGGGGACCGGUCAGGAGGAGACCGCGGGAGGGCAGGAGGACGACGAGGGGGACGUGGAUCCCGAGGUGUGGGGAGCGCGACCUGCUGGUAGUUUCAGUGAGCAGGACAUCGAGCGCCAGGUCGUCGCUUUCCAUGCUUGUCGACCGUCCAGAGACGACCCGAUUCAAGACGUGUUCGGGAAGAGGGCAGUGGAGCUACGGCCGUGGACGGACGAUGACGACGCUCCCGUCAGGGGCGACGCGACGGCGAAGGUGGUCUAUUUCACGUACGGCGGAGGACUUGACGGCAUGACUCCACACGCAUCCGUCAUCACUGACGAUGUGUCGUCCAGUGGUCAGGCCAGUGGCACCGGCAGAGCCGGUGGUCAUCGUCGACGACGACCUCGUGCCGACGAGCAUGUGGAGGAGCAGGAGCCACUCCGAGGCCUUCAGCAGACGGGCAGACGUUGGGAGGUCAGGAGCGACAACGAGCCGGAGGGGGCGAAGGAGGAGGAGGAGGUGCGGCUUCGGUAUCGUCGGUUCUCUCCCUCUCAUCAUCGAACUACGGGACCGUCCGAGCCUACCAGGCCGAGGACAAGGUCGGCAUCGGCAGCGGAGAGACAACAGACACCAGCGACCGAGCACUAUGAGGGGACCGGGCUUGCGGACAUUCCGGAGAUGGAGAGGACUCCAUCCUGCGCUGGUGUCCGCCACCGCUCGCCGUCCGAGCUGCGCACCGACGACUUCUACGUCGGCGGCUCUGGCGGGGGUUUGGGGGAUCUUAAGACCGCGGAGGAGCGGGAUGCCCAACUGGACAGGGAGGAGGAGGAGCGGCUGCGGACUUUGCCGAGAUGGAAGGGUCGUUUCGCAUAUAUGGAGAAGCAGCGCCGACUGAGGGAGUUGGAGACAGGGGGGGGUGGCGGCGGUGACGGAGGCGACGUGGGUUUUGGUGGGAAGGCUGAUGCGGGGGCGGCCCGACAGGGUGUCCCCACGGGUGUUGAGGGAGAUGGUGUCGCCGUGGGUGGUGGGGGGGAGGGUGGCGGCGAGGACGAGGACGAGGACGAGGAGGGGUCCGACCACGGAGACGACCAUGGCGACGACGGCGACGACGGCGAUGACGACGGUGACCACGACGACGACGGCGGCCACGGCGACGACGGUGGUGACGGCGGCGGCGAGAGAGAGAGAGAGGGUAGGCUGGCUUUGGUCUUGAGGGACUCGUCAGUGCCUUCACUACCUCUCACACGGCCCGAGGCCUUCGCGCAGGCUGGUUUUGAUGCCGACGAUUUGGCGCGACUCGGUUCACAUGACCCUUUCCCCCACACGGGCCGCAGGAGCGGCGAGAGGCGCCCUCCUGGAGGGGUGGAUUCGCCCCCGCCCUACAUCAUGGAUAGCCCUAGAUGGUCAGGUUCUUCGCUCAGCGACAUUAGAGGGAGGGAGUCCUGGCCGGUUGAUGGCGGGUCGGGCCGCCGCAGUGAGGGCGGCGGAUCUGCCGGAUCGAUGCCUCCGCCACCCGCACGGAGCACGGAGGGCGGCGCCGACGUGACUACGGCCCGUGCGCCCGUUGCCGGUUCCCCGCCGCCUGUCGCAAGUGGUGUUGCCGGCGAAUGGGCAGCUCAUCGCCGGGUCUCGGACCGGAUGAGGGCGGAUUACGACGCCGGGAGGGGCGUCUUCGCAGGACGUUUGUCACCUCGGUUUCAGGUUGCGGGCAGCAACGAGGUUGGCUCCGGACGUCCGAGUCUUCACAUGGCAGGCCGCAUGCUCGGUUUGUCUCGAUCAUCGACGAGGAGAGUUUUGAUCCCACCGCCGAUUUCGGCCCGAGGGACAGCUGGGGACAUGCAACAGGGUCAGCACUACACAUCCGACGAGGAGGGGUUGCUGAUGCCUCGUGCGACUAGACGACACAGCGCCGUCACCACCCAACCCCCGCCCAACCCCCGCCCAACCCCCACGCUCCUGAUGUCCAAGCUCAAGUACCUAGUAUCCCACCGCUUGCAGUGGGAGACUAUGUACUUGCACUUCAACACUUGAACCCAAACCC